UUGUGAAACCUGCAAACAAUUUCAGAAAUGAAAGAAAAAAACAUACACCACUGCUCCACACGGUUUGGAAACAGAAAUGAAACUAGUCAUAAGUCACCCACCACCAUAAUAAUACAAAUAAUAAAUAAAAAAACCUUAUCAAGAACGACUGAAAGUGAAGAGAGUUGACUUACGAAGAACCAAUCCAGUUCAUAGCAACCAAUUCCUUGCCUUUGUCUUUCUACUCUGAUCAUCUUUUGUUCUUGAGAUAAUGGCAGCAGCAGUGGUAGGUGGUGCCUUUCUCUCUGCUUUCCUUGAUGUGCUUUUCGACAGGCUGGCUUCACCUGAGUUUGUUGACUUGAUCCUUGGAAAGAAGCUUAGCAAGAAGUUGCUUCAAAAGUUGGAGACCACUCUGAGAGUGGUUGGAGCUGUGCUUGAUGAUGCCGAGAAGAAACAGAUCACAAACACCAAUGUCAAACACUGGCUCAAUGAUCUCAAAGAUGCUGUCUAUGAAGCCGAUGACUUACUCGACCAUGUUUUCACCAAAGCUGCCACCCAAAACAAGGUAAGAAACUUUUUUUCUCGCUUUUCCAAUAGGAAGAUCGGUAGUAAGUUGGAGGACAUAGUUGUCACACUUGAGUCUCAUUUAAAACUCAAGGAGAGUCUUGAUUUGAAAGAGAGUGCAGUGGAGAACGUGUCAUGGAAAGCUCCAUCAACAUCUCUGGAAGAUGGAUCUCAUAUAUAUGGUAGGGAGAAAGAUAUGGAGGCCAUAAUCAAGUUGUUGUCGGAGGAUAACAGUCACGGUAGUGAAGUGUCUGUGGUUCCUAUUGUGGGCAUGGGUGGGGUUGGAAAAACUACUUUGGCCCAAUUGGUGUACAAUGAUGAGAAUUUGGAAGAGAUAUUUGACUUUAAGGCAUGGGUUUGUGUUUCUCAAGAACUUGAUAUUCUGAAGGUCACAAAAACUAUAACAGAGGCGGUUACUGGAAAGCCUUGUAAAUUGAAUGAUCUGAAUCUACUUCAUCCUGAAUUGAUGGACAAGCUGAAAGAUAAAGAAUUCUUAAUUGUCUUGGAUGAUGUUUGGACAGAGAAUUAUGUUAACUGGAGACUUCUUAAGAAACCAUUUAACCGUGGGAUUAGGAGAAGUAAGAUUCUUCUAACAACCCGCAGUGAAAAAACAGCCUCUAUAGUCCAAACUGUUCACAUCUAUCAUCUAAACCAAUUGUCGAAUGAAGAUUGUUGGUCAGUGUUUGCGAACCAUGCGUGUCUUUCCUCCGAAUCGAACGGGAACACAACAACACUAGAAAAAAUUGGAAAGGAGAUUGUUAAAAAGUGCAACGGACUGCCUUUAGCAGCACAGUCGCUUGGAGGCAUGUUGAGAAGAAAGCAUGACAUCGUGGAUUGGAAUAAUAUUCUCAAUAGUGACAUUUGGGAACUUUCUGAAAGUGAGUGUGAAGUUAUUCCAGCACUGAGACUUAGUUAUCAUUAUCUCCCUCCACAUUUAAAACGGUGCUUUGUUUAUUGUUCCUUGUAUCCACAAGAUUACGAAUUUGAAAAAUAUGAAUUAAUCUUGUUGUGGAUGGCCGAAGAUCUUUUGAAGAAAUCAAGCAAAGGUAGGACUUUAGAAGAGGUUGGUCAUGAGUAUUUUGAUGAUUUGGUUUCGAGAUCAUUUUUCCAACGAUCAAAUACAAGUCGUUGGUCUCAUCCGAAAUUUUUUGUGAUGCAUGACCUCAUGCAUGAUCUAGCGACGUCACUCGGUUGAGAUUUUUACUUUAGAUCAGAAGAACUUGGGAAAGAAACAAAGAUCAACACCAAGACUCGUCAUUUGUCAUUUUCCAAAUUCAAUUCUUCAUUCUUGGACAACCCUGAUGUUGUUGGUAGAGUAAAAUUUCUGAGAACUUUCUUGUCCAUUAUCAAAUUUGAAGCUGCUCCAUUCAACAAUGAGGAGGCACAAUGUAUCAUAAUGUCAAAGCUUAUGUACUUGAGAGUUUUAUCAUUUCAUGACUUCAAAAGUCUGGAUUCUAUGCCUGAUUCAAUAGGUAAAUUGAUCCAUCUGUGCUAUUUAGAUCUUUCUCAUUCAAGUAUAGAAACACUGCCAAAGUCAUUGUGUAAUUUGUACAAUCUGCAAACUUUGAAGUUGUCUCAUUGCAAAAGCCUGACUAAGUUGCCCAGUGACAUGCGCAAUCUUGUUAACUUGCGUCAUCUUGAUAUAUUUAAUACUCCUAUAAAAGAGAUGCCAAGAGGAAUGAGUAAAUUAAAUCAUUUACAAGAUCUCGUCAUAUGCAACUGCCCAGAAAUUGAGUCGUUUCCAGAACAAUUUGGAUUGUCAAUUGUGAGAAACUACUAAGCGGCCUAGCAUGGCCAUCCAUGGGCUUGCUUACCCAUCUCAGUGUUAGGGGUCGAUGUGAUGGCAUCAAGUCCUUCCCUAAGGAGGGUUUUCUGCCUCCCUCCCUUACGUCUUUAGAGCUAUAUAACAUGUCAAAUCUGGAGAUGUUGGACUGCACGGGGCUUCUCCAUCUCACAUCCCUGCAAAAAUUACAAACUGAUACAUGUCCAAAGCUGGAGAAUGUGGCUGGAGAAAGGCACUCUCUAAUAAAAUUAACCAUGAGGGGAUGUUCUUUGCUGGAAAAACGAUGCCGCUUGAUGCACCCUCAAAUUUGGCCUAAAAUUUCCCACAUCCCUGGCAUUUGGGUUGGCGAUAGAUGGAUUUAGCCACCAAGGAUUAUCAACAGGUAUCUUCUAAGUCUAACCAACUAGAAAACUAUUUCUGUCAAGGAUAUGUUUCAUUUCAUGUCUUUCUCCUUUUACGUUUUACUAAAUCCAAUUCAUUCUGAAAUGGAAAUUGGCCUUGUAUAUAUGUUACUGAAUCUACAGAUAA